UGCGCCCUCGGGGACCGCGGCCGCGUGCGGGGCCGGGCUGCGCCCUACUUCGUGGCCGAGCUCGCCGCAGGCCCCAGCUCGCUGUCCCCACUGGCCCCUCAGCCCGGCUUUGACGGGCCUUCGGGAGCGGACAAGCGGGGCGCCCCGCAGCCGCUGUCGGGCCCGUGCCGGCGAGGUUGGCUGCGGGGCGCCGCCGCCUCCCGCCGCCUGCAACAGCGACGCGGGCCCCAACCCGAAUCCCGCACGGGCGACGACGACCCGCACCGGCUCCUGCAGCAGCUGGUGCUCUCGGGGAACCUCAUCAAGGAGGCGGUGCGGAGGCUUCAUUCGAGACGGCUGCAGUUACACGCAAAGCUUCCCCAACGCCCGCUCACCGGGCCUCUGUCGGCCCCGGUGCAUGAGCCCCCUUCGCCCCGCAGCCCUCGCGCGGCCUGCAGCGACCCCGGAGCGUCCGGGAGGAGGGCGCAGCUAAGAACUGGCGACGGCGUUCUUGUCCCCGGCAGCUAA